AAUGACAUUCGACAUAUGUCAAGCUUGGAAAAGUGGCGCUAGUUUCUUGUUUCUUGUAACGGUGGUGGUGGUUGUGAAUGGUUUUUUAACUGUUUCACGAAAUGGCGAAUGUAAAUCUCGAUAAAGAAACUUUUCAUAGAAGAUUAAAAAAGCUUUAUAAUGCCUGGCUAAACACAGAUAGCGAAAAUGGUUUUCAGAAAAUGGAUGCAUUGGUUACCGCUGUCGGAAAAGAUGACGAUAUUAUGUACAGUAAAUCCGGCGCUUUACAAACAUGGCUUUUGGGAUACGAACUUACGGAUACCAUAAUGGUACUUGCGGAGAAGAAAGCAUGUUUUCUAACCAGCAAAAAGAAAGUGGAAUUUUUGAGACAAGCCGAAACGAAAGAUGAGAAUCACAUUCAAUUAAGCCUUUUUGUAAGAGAUAAAGAUAGUGAUGAGGCAAAGUUUAAAACCCUUUGUGAAACUAUUAAAGAUAGCAAAAACGGUAAAUCGAUUGGAGUUUUUUCAAAAGACAACUAUUCCGGUGCGUUUAUUGAUGCAUGGAAAGCCGUUCUUAAAAAAGAAGGAUUUCAAACAAGUGAUAUGAGCUCUCAGAUAGCUUAUAUUAUGGCCCCCAAAGAGGAGUCUGAGAUUGUUACUAUUAAAAAGGCUUGCAUGGUAACUGUAGAUGUGUUUACCAAAUACUUAAAAGAUCAGAUCAUGGAAAUUAUUGAUUCAGAGAAAAAAGUGAAACAUAGUAAAUUAGCUGAAGGAGUAGAGUCUGCUAUCACCGACAAAAAAUAUGUAUCGGGAAUAGAUGUUAAUCAAGUUGAUAUGUGUUAUCCAGCAAUUAUACAGUCAGGAGGUAAUUACAGUUUGAAAUUCAGUGUGGUUAGUGAUAAAAAUAUUUUACACUUUGGAGCAAUCAUUUGCUCAUUUGGAGCCAGAUACAAAUCCUACUGUUCCAACAUAAUAAGAACAUUACUUGUAAAUCCGAAUGAUGAAAUUCAAAACAAUUACAAUUUUCUGCUGACUUUAGAAGAGGAGCUACUAAAAAAAUUGCAGAAUGGUGUAAAAUUAUCUGAAGUUUAUGAUACUGGGUAUGCAAUUGUUAAAAAAGAAAAACCUGGUUUGGUUGAUCAUCUAACAAAGAAUUUUGGAUUUGCUAUGGGAAUUGAAUUUAAAGAAAAUUCCUUAAUUAUUGGUCCUAAAACAACACUUGAGGCCAAGAAGGGAAUGACUUUUAACCUAAAUCUUGGGUUUUCCAGUCUACAAAAUAAAGACAGUUCUGAAAAAGAAGGAAAAACAUAUGCAUUAUUUAUUGGAGAUACAGUGUUAGUCAAUGAUGGCCAACCAGCAAGUAUUUUAACUAGUUCUAAGAAAAAAAUAAAAAAUAUUGGAAUUUUCUUAAAGGAUGAUGAUGAUUCUGAAGCGGAAGAAAAUGACGAAGAAAAAGAAAACACACCUAAACCAGAAAUUUUAGGUAGAGGAAAAAGAACAGCUGUUUUAGACUCAAAAUUACGUACUGAACACAGUACAGAAGAAAAAAGGAAAGAACAUCAAAAAGAAUUGGCUGCACAAUUAAAUGAAAAAGCCAAAGAACGUCUCGCAAAACAAUCUGGUUCAAAGGAUAAACAAAAGGUCAGAAAGAACACAGUAUCAUACAAAAGUGUAAAUCAAAUGCCCAGAGUUUCAGAAGUGAAAGAACUUAAAUUAUAUGUGGAUCAAAAAUAUGAGACUGUUAUUUUACCAAUUUAUGGAGUUGCUGUACCGUUUCAUAUUUCAACCAUUAAGAAUAUAUCACAGUCAGUUGAAGGAGAUUACACGUACCUACGUAUUAAUUUUUUCCAUCCUGGUUCUACUAUGGGAAAAAAUGAAGGCAAUUUUUGGUCUCAACCAGAUGCCACGUUUCUUAAAGAAGUGACAUACAGAAGCUCAAAUAUCAAAGAACCAGGUGAAAUUACCCCUCCCUCGUCUAACUUAAACACCGCUUUCCGACUUAUUAAAGAAGUUCAGAGAAAAUUCAAAACUCGCGAAGCUGAAGAAAAAGAAAAGGAAGAUUUGGUUAAACAAGACACAUUAGUUUUGUCUCAAAAUAAAGGUAAUCCCAAAUUGAAAGAUCUCUACAUCAGACCAAACAUUGUUUCAAAGCGUAUGACUGGAUCUCUAGAAGCACAUACCAAUGGUUUCCGUUACACAUCUGUCCGAGGCGACAAAGUUGAUAUACUUUACAACAAUAUAAAGAAUGCAUUCUUCCAACCUUGCGACGGUGAAAUGAUUAUUCUUUUGCACUUUCACUUGAAACACGCUAUUAUGUUUGGCAAGAAAAAACAUGUGGAUGUUCAGUUUUACACUGAAGUUGGUGAAAUCACAACAGAUUUGGGCAAACAUCAACAUAUGCACGACAGAGACGAUUUAGCUGCUGAACAGUCGGAGAGAGAACUUCGGCAGAAAUUGAAGACUGCAUUUAAGAGUUUUUGUGAAAAAGUUGAAUCCAUGACCAAACAAGAAAUAGAAUUUGAUACACCUUUCAGAGAAUUAGGAUUCCCUGGUGCACCGUUUCGGUCUACAGUAUUACUCCAACCAACGUCAGGAUGUUUGGUAAAUCUCACAGAAUGGCCUCCGUUUGUCAUUACUUUAGAAGACGUCGAAUUGGUACAUUUUGAACGUGUCCAAUUCCACCUGAAGAACUUUGACAUGGUAUUCGUUUUCAAAGAUUACCAAAGGAAAACAGUCAUGGUUAAUGCUAUACCAAUGAACAUGUUAGACCAUGUCAAAGAAUGGUUAAAUUCGUGUGAUAUCAGGUAUGCAGAGGGAGUUCAAUCACUAAACUGGGUGAAAAUUAUGAAAACCAUCACAGAUGAUCCAGAAGGUUUCUUCGAAAGUGGAGGUUGGACUUUCUUAGAUCCAGAAUCGGAUGCUGAGGAUGCAGCAGAUGAAGAAUCUGAAGAAGAAGAUGAGGUAUACCGGCCCUCAGAUGUCGAGGGAGAUGAAGGAUCUGAAUGGAGCGAUGAAGAUUCUGAAUACUCUGAAGGAGAUACUGAAGACGAUGAUGGGGAUGCAUCAGAAGAUUUAGGUUCCGAAGAGGAGUCCGGUAAAGACUGGUCCGAUCUAGAAAGAGAAGCUGCCGAAGAAGAUAGAGAACGUGUUUACAAUGAUGAUGAUGUUAAAGGAGGCAAGGGUCACGAUAAGCUAUCAUCAAAGGACCGCCACAAAUCUAAAGACAGAAACAGACACAGCAGCAGUAAUAACCGAAGUUCCAGCAAGCAUCAUUCCUCUUCUAGUAAACAUUCGAGUUCAAGAGACAAAGAUAGACACAACAGUAGCAGCAGCAGAGACAAAGAUAGAAGCCGGCACUCAUCUUCUUCUAACCACAAAUCAUCUAGUAAUUCUAAAUCGUCUCCUUCUAAAAGCAAGGAUAGGGGUAGGAGCUCGGGCUCACAUAAGAGCAGUUCCUCUGAUAAAAAAAGAGGUCGAAGUGGCAGUGAUGACAAACAUCACUCGAAGAAGUCUAGGAAGUAAAUGUAUUAUUUAAUAUUAACCAGUUUUUAUAUGUCGAUUCUCUUUUAUGCAUUAAAUAAAUGUUUACUGAUAGUGUACAGUUUCUGUUUUGAUAAUGUUAUUUUUCUUAAUUGUAGUUUAUUUCUAAAUACAAUUUUUCUUCUUGGUUGUCUCAUCUUAAAUUAUUAUCGUUUCAUUUUUUUUUAUGUAUAAAAAAUAUAUUUUAAUCUGUCUCAGUAACUUCGGUCGCUGGCGGCCAGCAGAUAACAUAUUUUUUUUCAUAAAUUAUAUAAAAAAAUUAUUAGAGAAAUCAAACUAAAAAAUUAAAAUUGUUCAGUAACGUUUUAAAAAGAGAUGAAUCUUAAAAUCAAAUUUUCCAAUUAGCAUUUGAUGGCCAUCCAGAUAAUUGUAGAUGUAGUGUUAUAAGUUACGUUAAUGUUUUGUAAAAUGUAAUACAGGUUCAACUUACAUCUUUAUGUUGUAUUUUUCUUUGAUGUACCAUUGAGAUCACUGAUCCAUUUGAUAUAUUUUUAAAAGUAACUUCAAUGAAAGGUUCUUUAUUCUUUCAGUUAUAAAAAUGUUUACUUAGUGUUUAAUAAAGUUAUUGUAAUUUAUGCUAUGAAUUAUGUCUGCAAUGCAGUGCCCUUAAAUCCAUAAACUAUUUAAAUAUUUUGGUUGAAAUUUAAUAAUAAGGAAUGAACUGAAAUUAAAUUAUUUUCUUGUCGAAUGAAAUACACAGGCUUAAUAGAAAAUUUUCAUUUGGUUAAAGUGAAAGUCAAUGUCUUAUAAUAUAUAAUUUUUUUAUAUUUAUGUAGUAUUUUAUUUCAUCUGAGUAAAUCCAC